ACAGCCCCUCCACUCACUUCUUCCACCGAGGCGAUUGUGAUGUAAACAUAAACACCAUACAAACGUUAUUUCAAAAGUUCUACAGUAAUUUUUAAGUUAAAACUAUGAAGUAUCUAGGCAUUUCUCUUGGGAUAUUUUUAUCUCUCAUCGCAGAAGGGCUCAGUCUUCUGUGCUACCAAUGUGUGUCAACUCACCCAGGCUGUGGCACGCCAUUCAAAUGGGUUUGGUACCCAUCAAAAUCGUGUCCUGAAGAAAAUGACGUUUGUGUAAAAAUUAUUGAGAAGAAAGGAGUCACGGAAGUAAUAACCAGAGAUUGCUUGAGCUCUGUGGUUGGAUUACGAACAGACAUACCCGCUGACCGUUAUGAAGGUUGCAGGCCUGCAGCUUUUGAUCCUCGUCUGGCUAAUUAUGUCAAUAACUCCAUCAAAGAACUUGAUAUCAAAAGGGAUUACUAUGACUCAACAACAUGGUGUUUUUGUUACUUUGACCACUGGUGCAAUUCAUCAUCGUCUGUAGUAUCCUCGGUGUCUUUCAUGACACUGUGUCUACUUCUAAUUUACUUGAAGCAAAUAGUUCUUUAAAUAUCCAAAAGUUGGAUCUGAUAAAUGUUUUGAUUUUUUCUGCACUGUUCCCAUAAAAAUCAAAGAGAUCUGAUGUCACCCUUCGACAGAACACUAUCAUGAAGCUUAGACUGCAAAAGAAUCUCAUUAGAGUUGAUCCUCUUGAAUCAUCGAUGCUAAAACGUUAAUUUAAGUUCUUUUUUUACCUUUUUACUUCCACAUACCAUGUUAAUAUUCUUUUUAUAUCCUGUCAGUCUAUGUUUGCCUUACCAUGAAAGUGUCCUCUUCCAUUAUUUAAGAUGGAUCUAUAGUGGCAUAAAAUUAUUUAGGGUAACUAUAGCCGGAGUAAGCAAACAAAAGAAAAACCUCAAACACAUAUUGUGAAAAUACUGGUUUCACCUCAAAUUUUUGACAAAAAGGGGAUUCAUUAUGCCUAGACGCGCAAUUUAGCUGUUUCUUUCUAAAAAAUAUAUUUUUUAAACCCUAUAUUGAAGCUAAAAGUGUGCAAACGUGGAUAUCAACUGUUUAACUCUACUAAUAGAAUGCAAUUUAUUUAUGAAAUCAAUUCUUUGGAAAGACGUAGCUCAAGAGUUGUGUUUUCAAUCUGUUUUUUGCUAAAAAUUUAAAGUAAAAUCAGUAAUUUUGCAAAAUUAGUUUGAUAUCUUGACGUUGGUUGGUUUCUGAUGUGGAUUUAUGAGUAAUUUUGGGUUGAUAUUCUGAUUCAGCCUCAGAACAACUGAAAAGUUGUGAAAUUUUACCUUUUCACAUUCCCUAAUACCAUUACAAUAAAAAGCAAAACGUCCAUAUAUCUGAAUUUUAUUACUUUUAGACAAUGGUAAGCCUCUUAUUUUUAAAAGAGGAGUUAUUAAUUUACUAAGUUUUUGUAAAAUGAGACAAUUAGUGGGGGAAACGAACAAUAUGCACAAAUUUAUUUUAAGCUUUGAAAAAAAAUCCAUGUUUUGCUCACAGUCAGUUAUUCAAAAAUCAUUUUCAUCCCAAAACUGGCUAAUCCAUUUUUUACCAGAAAAAUUUUUUGAGCGAAAUAGCACAGAUUUAACUUUUUGAAAUCCAUCUCUAAAUCGGACAACAUUUAGCAAUAAGGAGCUAUCAUUUCUGACUCAUCUAUAGAAGUACCCAUCUGCAUAGGGAAACUAACAACACAUACGUUGUUUCUAACAUGAUUGCAAAAUGUAGUUCAAUUCAUCUGAAUUAGUAGUAAUCAUAAUCUUAAUCUAUGUAGAAAACUAUGACUGACGAAGUAUUAUCAUGCAAAAUGAAAAGAAAUGUAAUAUUAUUAUGAAAAGAACUAUUCUAUGGAGUUGGAAAAGAAGUGCUUGUGUGAAAGAGAAAGAAUUCCUUUGGUAGGAGACUGUUUGCUCUAAGGCGUUAAUCUAUCUGAUCUUUGAAAGUUUAUUUUAACUCAGCUCUUUGUUUUGUGACUGAAUUUGUAGUUGUAUAUAAUGUAAUUUAUUUGUGAGAUGUCCUGAAAAACCGUUCUUCACCUCUUGGAGGAACUUUGUUGCACAGUGAAAAUAAGAAAAGAGAGUUGAACUUUAAAUGUUUUCUUCGUUGUUUUAUGAAGCCAAAAUGUAAGAAGUACUUCAGCGAAUGUUUAAAAAAUUUCCCACUUACAAUUUCAUGACCAAAAUACAUUGAAAUAUGCAAUCCUUAAAUAUAUACUCAUAAAAUAAUUAGGAGGGCUGAAAAUAAAUAAAAGGUAAACAUUGUAAAGUACUGAAUGUGUUCCUCCUCUUAAAAUGGCCGUUUAAUGUUUCAAACACAAAUCCCUUUUGUACCCCCAGUUUCUUUAAGCUAUAUGUAGAAUGGAUCACUAGUACUAAUACUGAAUUGUAUUUUGACUGUCGACCAAAAUUGAGAUCUGUCCAAGAGUUCUUACAUUCAGCAAUAACAGAGACUUUGUCCCACAAAAUUGUGGUGAAUGUGCCAUCUAACACCAUAGUACUCUCUACGGUUACCUUCAACUUGGGUUUAUUAAUUAGUAAAAGCACAAAUUUUCUCCGGUUGUUCUAGCUACGUCACUGUCAAAAACUGUACGCAUUAGCUUGGGAUGAAGUCAGUAGCUGGGUUUCCCAAAGGGCGCUAUGCCCAUAAUUAUUGAAUGGAGAAAUAUAGUGUUAGAACAGAUCUAUCUAUUUUUGGUGUUUCUUUAAGUUUCCAUCUCCAGAUUACAAUUAUGUUUUUAAUUAGCACAAUUGACCCAUCACCUCCUUAAUGCAGUAGCAAUGAUCCAAAUCAUCUUUGGGAGAGUAAGGCGGUUUUUUUCAGAAUUUGCCACAUUAAUUUAUAAUUCCUAAAAAAAAUAAUAAAAUAAGUAAAGUAAAAAAAAAAACAAAUAAAAUUUUAACUUGUUGCAUGGAUGUAUAUACUCACAAGAUCAAACGACUGUUAAUUCUACCUAUUGAAUUUCUCUUUUGUAUAAGAUGGUGAUUAGUUCAUUUGUAUCAUUGUAACUCCACUUAAUUCUUUAAGAGAGCUGAGUACUCUUGUAAGGUUUAGUGUAUGAGCACUAGUCAUAUAGACAUAAAAUGACUCAUCAUCAGCAAUUGGUUAUCUCUUAUACUUGAGUCAAAUUAUGUUGCAUUACCUCAGUUUUAGUUAUUCGGGAGAAAAUGUUGACUCAAGUCUGAAAGGCAACCAGCUUGUGUCUACAGCCAAAGGAGGCGAAGAUUCAGAGCGUGAAACUUUGCCCUUUACGCAAUUUUCACCGAAAUUUACGAAAUUAAUAAGAGUAAGGCUCAUCCUUUUGUACAUUUUUCCACCUUGAGCAGCCAAUUUAAAAUUGUAAAUAUUGUUUCAAGUAUUACGGAAUCCGUCCAUUUCACCUGUUCUUUUAUUCAUCCAUUUCAUUAUUUUUACUGCUAAGUGCCUUUUUUAAUGAUUUUUUUUUAAAAUUUUACCAUCGUUCAUAAUUUAUUUAAAGCAUUUACAGCUUUGCUGCAAUUCUGCAAUCCUCUUAUCCGUCCAUUUCAUUAUUUGUACUGCUGAGUGUCUUUUUUAAUAAUUUUUUUUUAAAAUUU